CGAUGCCACUGCAAUGCAUUAAAGAGAAGGAACCCACAAACUAAAUUUGUCCUCUCGGCGCCUAUUCGCCCAUCUUCAGAUGGCGCCUCUGAUCUCUCAAGCUUGAUGCAAUGCGCCCAGGUACCUUUGGUACUGACUGGAGGCAUUCGAAUCUGCUUCUUCUUGCCUGCGACAUCGCUGUGCCGAUCAGCGCCCCUCCCCUCAAAGCUUAACUCUGGCGGGCACCACUGCAAUUAUAAUCACUUCCACACUAGCUUGGGACCAGGACCUUUAAUUCCAGACUUUUUGGACUGA